GGUACUAGUGAAUCUGGAGAAAUUAUUGGAAAUAUUGAUGAUCCUUUAUUUACAUCAAGAAAAAAGUGCCAUAAAAAAAGGUUUGGAAAAGCUAGGAUGGUUAAUAAGAAUGUAAAAAAAGAUAUUAGUAAAAUGAUAUCUAACUCAAUAACUGUUGAAAAUAAAAGCCUUGAUUCCAGUAAAAGUAGAAAAAAAACUAAAUGUAGUUUGAUAAGCAAUCAUUCAGUAAUUUUUUCUAAAGUUUCACAUUGUCCUAAAGUUGCAUCAAUUGAGUUAGAGAGCACUUCUGAUGAAGAUGUUGUAUUUCAAGGAGUUUAUAAAUCAAAUAAUUUUUUAACUGGAAGUAAGGAGUAUACAUCUGAUGAAAUCUCAACAGCUUCUCAAAAGGACACACCCUUUAUCCCACAAAGUAAUGAAAUAGAAAAUUCAGGAAAGUCUUCAAAGUUUUGCAAUGCUGUAUUAAGUAAUGCUGAAAAAGAUGAUUUGUUUAGUGCUUUGGUUGACAAUUCUGUUGGAAAUGAUAAACUUCAGUCUGGUUCUAGUAGAGAAUUGGAAGAAAUUUUUGUUGAAGAAAAUUUUGCCAACAAAAAGUUCAACUUGGUUGACAAUUCUGUUGGAAACAAUAAACCUCAGUGUGAUUCUAGUAGAGAAUUGGAAGAAAGUUUUGUUGAAAACAAUUCUGCGAACAAAAAGUUCAACUCAAAUUUUGUCCUACCUAAACCAAGUAAAGUAAUGAAAAAAAGUUUUGAUUUUGUGCCUGAACCAGUAAAUUUUGAAGUUCCUGUGAUACACGAGAAUGAAAGUGUACUUACUCCUUCCGAGGAAGAUAUAAGGAGAUGGAAAAAAUUAGGUUUUAGUUGUAAAAAAGGACGAUGGACGACGCCAAAGGAGGAUGAGAUACUGAGAAGAAAUUAUAAGGAAUUUUCUGAAGAGUAUGGAAUCUGUGAUCCAGUUACAAUUUUUGGGAUUUAUAGUGAUCGUAAAAAAGACUGUUCCUUGUCAAAGUUUCUAAGAGCUAAACAUUUUUAUCUAAGAUUAGGUAAAAAUUUGAAUGAUAGAAAUUUGGCAUCUGUUUAUAAUAGAGCUAGGACUAUAUUCCACCCCUAUACUUUUAAUAUCGCAUGGAGCUCUGAGGAUAUUUUAAAAUUAAUAGACUUAUAUAAAACUUUUGGAAAUAAAUGGAAUAUAAUUAGCAAAGCGUUAAAAAAACAUAGUAAGCAUUGUCAGGCAUAUUUUUAUGGUUCAAUCAUAAAGAGUAAAAUAUAUGGUCCAAUGCUUGAAAAUAAACCCUAACUGAACCCUGAAAACCAUAAUUGUUAUAUUAUAAAAUUUAUAGUUUACAUCAUGAACUGGCAAUUGCUAGAUUGUUUCAUUUACUAUGAGUAUUAUCUUGUCAGAGGAGUUUAUUUUUUAUUCUGUUCAUUAGAGUUUUUUUAAUCAAUCAUUUAUUUAUAAAGUUUAUUUUUAGGCAUUGAUUUUGAUGAGAGUUCAAUUACUUGUAAUAAAAAACUGUCUAACUCCAAAUUUCUGAAAGAAAUUACUCGUGCAACUUGAUUUAAUUAAGCAAUUCUUUUGAAAAUCAAUAUUAAAUAUUUGAAAAAUUAACUUUGUAUAAACUACAAUAUACAAAAUAAUGGUUUUUGUAUGGUUUUGUUUUAAUAAAUUUUUGCUCAUUUGUCGGCUUUGUUUUCAUGUUACAGUUUGCUGUCAUCAUUUGUAAGAAGAAUAUUUAGUUG